CCUCUUUCCUGCAUCCGGGUCUGGGUGGUCGGCUCCGGAAUCCAGCUAGUGGCAUGGAGGUCCACGGCGAAACCCAGUCCAGUCUGACCUCUUCCUCGUCCCCCAAGGAUGGCUCUGGGGUCCCGGUGUCCAAGGAGUUGCUGACGGCGGGGAAUGGCGGCCACGGAGGUAUAUGGGACAGAUUGCUCAUCAACUCCAAGCCUAAUUCCAGAAAGAAUUCCACUCUUCAAACAGUUCGGAUAGAGAGGAGUCCCUUAUUGGACCAAGUGCAGACCUUUCUCCCACAGAUGGCUCAGGCGAAUGACAAGCUAAGGAAAGAAAUGGCAGCUGCACCACCUGGUCAUUUCAAUAUUGAAAAUAUUGAUGAGACACUUGAAAAAGUCAUACAAAUGGAUGUGGCCUUGUUUGAGAUGAAUCAGUCUGGUUCAGAAAAAGAGGACAGUUCGGAAGAGAAUUCUCAGGCCAGUUCAGAGGACAGCUCAGAAUCUGAGGAUGAAGAUGCCAGCGCCUCCUCCGAAGUCACCAUAGAUAACAUUAAGCUUCCUCACUCGGAAGAUGGGAAAGGCAAGAUAGAGGUUUUGGACAGUCCUGCCAGUAAGAGAAAGAAGGAGUGAAAUCAAUGACGUCAGGGACAGGUGAUCUGUGCCUUCUCAUUCUGAAGAAAAGAAUGUGGCUCGCUAGUGGUUUUGCAUUUCAGGUGUUGGGUGCUGUCGUGUGGUAUCGGAUGUGCUUUGGUUCUCGGACAAACAGAGGCUGACUUAUAAAGAGUUGGAAUAGGUUCAUUUGGUGAUCUUCUAAGAGCAGACUGUCCUUGAUCUCAUGCUGAAGAGAUUUGGUUUAGAAAGCUCAACUCCAUUUUUGGUGACGAGUGAAUUUGUUGGCAUCUCAGACUGACUGAUUUUUUAAUCUUCACCCAAGGGCAUUUUUUCAUUACUUUUUAGAGAAGGAGGAAGAGCAGGGGAGUGGUAGGGGAAGAAAUAUCCCCGCGAGAGAGAAACAUCAAUGGGUUGCCUCCUGUAUGUGUCCUGAGUGGAGAUCAAACCCGAAACCUUUUGGUUUACUGGAUGAUGCUGUAACCAACUGAACUAUACCAGCCAGGGCUCACACUUAUUUUAAAGUAAAAAUAUAAAUCACUUGUUCAUUUUUGUUUUAAAUUACCAUCUCAGAUAAAACAACCUAUGUGGAUUUUUUUGUUAUUAUCACUUCAAAUUUGUUUGUUAGCAUCAAAGUGGGUUUAGUGAGAGCAAAAUGUUUAAAAUAGCUCUUUUACAACAGAAAGAAUUACUUAGAUUUAGCUACCUUUGGGCAUAUGUCCUUUCAUUUAAAAAAUAUGUUCUUUUCCAGUAUGAGCUGGAAAACUGGUUCUCCUUGGUUUUAAUCACUAUUGGUAACUGUAGGCACUCAAUGGAUAUAGAAUUUACUGGUUUGAAAAAUUCAUGGUUUUUUUGUUUUCUUUUUUUUUAUAAAGCAAUUUUUUUCCCUCAGUUACUAGAACUAUUCUACACAGUUGCCCACAGUUUGAAACCUGUCAAAUGUAGAGAACAGGGACACCAGAGCAAAAAUAGGGCGCAGAACAUGAAAAGGUAAUAGCAGUUUUUCCAUUAAAAGGCAAAGAUGGUCCUACACUGGAGUCGACUUCCCGCCUCACCGUCAGCCUCAUUAAACGGUUUCAGGUCCCAUCUGCCGUUGGGCUGGCUCGGCUCAGGGUCUGGACCUGAGAGUUUAAGGGACUGUCUCCACGUAGGUUGCUGAUGGAAUUUUGUCCCCUAAUGUUCUAAGGCUUUCUUUUAACUUUUCCCUAUUCCUUCUCAAUAGUGAAAUAUUCAAUAGGGAAAAUACCACAGGACACGAACAAGUAACAAAAAAUUGUUCAGCUCCAUUUAUCAAAGAAAUACAAAUGAAACCAAGGUUGUGCCAUAUUUUGCCAUGUGUGAUGCACACUAUUUGCCCAUAUUUUUGAGGGAAAAACAAGGGUGCGCAUUAUGGGCAGUGCUAAUUCCAUGUCUGUAUAAAUGCUUUUAAUUCUUUAACUCAUACUUAGGCAUUAAAAGUGUAACUCUAGGAGGCAAUAAUAGAUCCAUAUCCAAAAUAAUACCCUGGGAUACAAUAAUUGGUUUUGUUUCUAAAUAUAAAUAAAUUAAAAAUUGAAUUAAAAAAUUAAAACGAGAGAUUUCUCCUCUAAAAGUUUGGUCCAAAAAUGUGGGUGCACGUUACACACGGCAGGAUACGAAUGUGGUGACUUUUCACCCGUCAGCUUGGCAGAUGGAACUUGCCUCGCCUUUCUGAGUGUCAGUGCGGCUCUGAGUGUUUUCCGUUUGGUUUACUGCCAUUCCCACGCCCAUACAAAUUCAUCGAGCUGUACGCCUAAUGUUUGUGCACUUAAGUAUGGCAUACCUUAAAUUAACAGCUGUUUUGUGUAUAAGCAGUUUGCCUUGCGGUCUGUUGGAAAGUCAGUCACUGUGGUGCUUUGGUUGGUCCGGCCCUGUGCUUUGCCAGCCUGACGUUAGGUGAGAGCAUGGCAGCCGUUCGGAGAACAGUUCUGCUCCUGCUAAGGCUGACCAGGUGUUCUCUUCAGACUUGUGCCUCAUUAUGUCGUCCACGGCUCUGUGAUAGUCAUAAAUCAGAAAAUUAGGUGUGAUGGUCUUUGAAGCAAAAAUUUCAUUCUGAAGGAAUCUGCCAUCUGUUCUCGUAGUACUUUAAUUACGCAUCAGACAUGUAUGCGCACACACAGCAAUGCCUUGCAGGGUUCCUCAUGGUUGUGUUCGUGGGCCUGUGCCCACUGUUGUAGUAGGAAAGACGAGAAAAAGGUUGUCUUACUUUCACCUGUACUUCCCUCCGUGCCUGGUGUGUGUAUAUUUAUACAGUGCCUUUCACUUGGUUGAAAUGUACAAUAAAUACUCAUUAAACUAGUUUUUUCUCUUUG